UUUCGUCUCCAAUAUAUUAUUAUUUACAUUGAAACAAUUUCGACCUAAUGUUUUUCUUUACAUCGGCUGAAGAACUCGCUGUUCUUCAAUACUUGGGCAACGCCUAGUUUCUCCAUUUUUUUCUCCUCUCUUUCGGCUUUCCAAAUGAAGCUCUUACAAUCUGUAAAAUCAAUCAACUUGAUUGCAUUCCGGAGAGAAUUGGUGAAUUUCUACUCUACGUUUGUGAACGAUGACCUUUACAGAAGGCUUUCACCGGUCGGUGACCCUAAUAUCUCUAUAGUUCCAAUUCUUGAUCAGUGGGUGUCAGAAGGCAGGCCUGUUCAGAUAGUAGAACUUCGGCUUAUCAUCAAGGAACUUAGGGUUUACAAGCGGUACAAACAUGCUCUUGAGAUGUCAAAAUGGAUGAGUGAUAAAGUAUGCCUUCCUUUGUCGACUGCUGAUAUUGCAACACGGAUGAAUUUGAUCUUAAGAGUUCAUGGGUUGGAACAAGUAGAAGAUUAUUUCAAUAACAUGCCUAGUAAGUUGAAAAGGUAUCAAGUUCAUAUAGCUCUUCUUAACUGCUAUGCCCAUGAAAAGUGUGUGGAUAAAGCCAAUGCCCUCUUGCAGAAGAUCAAGGAAUUGGGUUUUGCUACCACUCCUCACCCGUACAAUAUCAUGAUGAAUCUUUAUCACCAAAUUGGAGAAUUUGAGAGAUUAGAUUCUCUGAUGAAAGAAAUGAAAGAAAGGGGUCUUUAUUACGAUCGAUUCACAUAUAGCAUCCGACUAAGUGCAUAUGCUACUGCAUCUGAUUGUGCGGGAAUCGAAAAGAUUACGGAACAAAUGGAAUCAAAUACAAGUAUUGUUCUAGAUUGGAACUGUUAUGUCGUUGCUGCAGAUGCUUACUAUAAAGUUGGCUUAAUAGACAAAUCCAUUUCCAUGCUGAAGAAAUCAGAAGAACUCCUAGCAAAAACUGCCGAAAACAAAUGUCAUGCAUUUAAUAUCUACCUAACACUAUAUGCCAAAAAUGGAAAGAAAGACGAGACAUACCGCAUAUGGAAUCUCUACAAGAAAGAGAAAGUCUUCAACAAAGGUUUCAUCAGCAUGAUAACAUCACUUUUGAUAUUAGACGAUAUCAAAGGUGCGAGGCGUAUUUGCGAGGAAUGGGAGACCCAGGUAUGGGAGACCCAGAAACUGUCCUAUGACUUGCGAAUUCCAAACUUGUUGGUUGAUGCGUAUUGUAGAGCUGGUUUAAUGGAGGAAGCUGAAGUGCUUGUAUAUGAGAUGAUGACUGUAAGACGCAAGUUUUCGGUCAAGUCGUGGUGCUACAUAGCGAGUGGAUAUCUUCAGAAAGAUCAACUACCUGAGGCUGUUGAGACACUGAAGAUAGCAGCCAGUUUGUGUCCAUCAAAACUGGACUACGUCAAGGAAAUUUUGGCAGCAUUUUUGGAUGGCAAGCAAGAUGUGGAAGAAGUUGAGAAAGUUGUUAAUUUGUUGAGGGAAAAAGAUAACUCUCAUCCUGCUCGUGGUCAUGAUUAUGCGAUUAUGACUGAAUCUGCCUAAUUUAACUUUUAUUCUAAUUACUGAAGGGAUGUUUAGUAAUAAUUAAGGGUUAGUUUCUUUUCUUUAACCAGGUCAAAAACUAACCGAACUAAUCGUAGUUGGUUUAGUAAAGUGUCAAACCAUCAUCAACAUCGAUGAGUAAGGAUUGGUCGGGUCGUUUUAACUUUUAAAAUACUUUUUGGAAAUUCUCGAUGUGAAGCUUUCCGAAAUCGAUCUCUCGCUUUUUGAUCAA